GACAGGAAGUUUGAUUUCAUCCCCCUGCGUAAAAGUCCUGUUUUUAUUAGUAUUAGUAAUAUUAUCUGGGUGUUUAUAAUAUAUCCAUUAUCUGAUUUUCAUGACUGCAAAGAUACAUUUUAAAACAACUUAACAGAAUCGUGUUCAACAAAAUUGCAUAUCGCUAAGCAUUUGGUCACAACUGUUAGUAUGCCGCAUAAAGUUACUUGACAGGCGAGAAGGAAGUUGAUAGCUAACAAGAUAUGUUAGCAAGGGAACUUUAGAGCUAGUAACAGCGUAUAAUCUUCAAACAGUGGGAGUUGUUGUCCUGUCAGUAAACUUCACUGUAGUUUGCUAGCAAGCUAAGGCAGGUUCGUCAUGACAUAUUGUAACAUCGUUACUGGAGCUGCACUUCUAAUGAUUUCGGAAAACAUUUUAAUAAAGGCUGUUCUACAGAACUCCAUCACUUGCUGUGGGUCCAUGCUGAGAAGCAAUGAAAGCUGUAUGAAUGCCACUCAUUGUGAUUCAGGCUGCCAUUUACACAUUCUGGAGAACAAUACCUCAGUGUGUUUAUCGUGUGACUCAGCGGUUCCAGAGCAGGGCCCCCCUACAUCCUGCAACCACAGAACUUACAGCAAGAAGCAAUGUUACCACAAAAUCUACAAUUAUUAAUCUUGGUGGGCCAGGUGUAGCAGCCUCUCUCCUCCUUGGCACGCUGUUGAUCAGCCUCUUCCUGAUCCUGUCGGUUGCCUCCUUCUUCUACCUCAAGCGCUCAAACCAGCUGCCUGGGGUUUUCUACAGACGCAACAAAGCGGCAUUCAUAUUCCAGCCCAGCGAAGCAGCGGUCAUGAUGCCUUCUGCUGGAUCCUCAGUAAGGAAACCCAGAUAUGUGAGAAGGGAAAGACCCUCUGCUGCCUCAGCCCCGCACAGUGCAGCCAUGUCCACCGGGCCGAUCACUAGGAUUCACGACGUGUGACCAGCCCACUGAAGUCUAAUGGGAGGUCCUGAUAGGAAGGAGCUCUCAUUUCAGGGUUUUCUCAGAGAGAUGUGUUCCUCUCUUGUCUAGUUGCUUUGUUGUCCUCAUCACUGUUAAGAAUGUCCCAUUGGCACUUAAUUUUGACCAAAACCUAAGCUAAGUCGUGGACCGGUUCUCAUUGUCAUGCUUGUGCUUGAUUUUAACGGUCACAGAUUCAUAGGAGCUGGAGUUAUUUAUUGAUAUUUAUAGUGUUUCCAUUCCUGUCUAUGUUUGUAUGUCUAGAAGAAGCAACACCAUUUGAUUUGGGUUUGGGUUCAGUUGUUGCAUGUUGAGCUAUUUAUCUUGUGAUUAGCAAGUGAUUGUGUUUCUGUCAGUAGCUUAUUGUAACCUUUUGUUGUAUAUUUUGUUUUUGUAGCAGUAAACCAAAAUUAGUUAUAGUACCAAGUUUGCACAUUUGAAUCACAUAUGCACUGAAGUGACCAAAAACUGUCCCUCUGCACUGGAUAACAAGAAAUCUCCAUAGACCAAUCAUGAAUGCUCAUAGUGCAGUGGGCAAAAUGACAAAUUAUGGCCAAAAUAGACAAAAAAAUCAGUCUUGAUGGAAAGAUUCCAUACAUGCAUGGGUCUGAGUGGCAAUUGAAAUGAACACGUUUCACAUGUAUGCCCAUAAGCAUGCGAUUCCAGGUGGGAGCAGGGAGAAUGCUAUCUCUUUCUUCCACUGUAUCUUUAGCAUUUAGUCCUACCCAGAUGUGCCUAUAUUAUUAAGCCAUUACAUGUCCACACCAGCCUUACAUGCAUUUGAAGAAAGGUCUGCUUUUCUCAACUUGGGCUGCCUAGUCAGAUUGCCUAAAACCUUUGACAUAUAACAAUGACCAGUGCCCCCCUCCCCCCCAGCUUAAUAUCUCCAUAAUCUUGAAGGCAUUUUGUCAAAGAGCUGUCAGUCUCAUAUGAAUGAUGUCUAUCAGAUGGCUUUUUUUAUUUGUUGUUAAUUGAAAAUAGCACUUUUAAUGAAUGCCAACCCUGUGCCAAUGAAGGUGAUAUGCACUGUUUGACAACUUCAUGGAAGGGUUGAGUAGGCUCCCGGUGCGAGUACUCCUUGUGUUUGAGUAGGCUCCCGGUGCGAGUACUCCUUGUGUUUGAGUAGGCUCCCAAUGCGAGUUCUCCUUGUGUUUGAGUAGGCUCCCAGUGUGAGUACUCCUUGUGUUUGUAUACAGAAUCAUUUUUCUUAAUUCUUUUUUUUUUUUUUUUUUAAUCUUUGAAAUGUGAUGAUCAGCCUGUUAUGUUUGGUUCACUCAGUUGUUUUUCUCGUUAAGUUACGUAUUUUUAUCAAUAGCAUGAACAGGAUGUACCAACCAAACUUUACAGAUUGCUUUUCACCAACAUUUAGUUUGUAUCUCGUUGAUCUUUAUCUUAGCUGUUGUACAGCCAUUAGGAAUCUUGUACAAUUGUACAUAGUCUUUUUUUAAAUGCGGUGAAGUAUGGGUUUCAUUUUUAAUGUCUUUAAUUUUGUAUGCUUAAAUGCUGAUUAUGUGGAUCAUUAUAUGACAGAAGAUUGUCACUAGCAAGGUAUGACAAAUAAAAUUCUUCCAUGAUAA